ACCCGGAAGCCCGCGCGCAUCCCGCUCCGCUCCGCCCCGCCCGUGCGUGACGCCGGACGGAAGCCGGCGGAGGCCGCGCACGGCGGGGACGCCGCUGUUGCCGCGCAACGCAGCGCUUCCCUGGUUACCGGUCGGAGCGGCUCGGGCAGCAUGGGGCGGCCGCGGUGUCUGUGCGAGAUCUGCACCUGCGGGCGCCAUCGUUGCCUUCAUAAACCCACAAGGAUUUAUGAUAAUGGACAACAGCCAUGCCUCACAACAGAGUAUGUGGAAAAAUAUCCCAAGUAUAGCAACAUCUCUCCUCCCUGGAGCUUUAAGCCAAAACAAGAGUACCAAGUGCAUCAUGGGAAAAUGGAAGGAAUUACAACAUUUAAAUCUGAUUAUUUACCAUACAAUAUUGUGAAGCGACAUUUUCAGGUACAAGAAGAAUAUAAACCAAAGACAGGAGAGAUAGAACUGGGAACCACAUACCAGAAAGAUUACAAUGCUCAUAAAAUAGAACCAGUGACAUUAGUAAGACCUCUAGAGAGGAAACACACUACAGGAGGAAAACUGGAUACCAUACCAACCUAUCAAGAUGACUACAGGUCAUGGGAAGUUCAAAGAAGGGAAGCUACUAAAGCGGUAUGUAUAUACCACCCACCUACAGAGAAGUUUGGAAAUUCUACUACAUUUCAAGAUGACUUUGUUCCUAGGGAAUUGAAUCCCAGACAAAGUUUUAAACCUCCUUGUGUAGCCAAGCUUUCAGAUGUGCCUUUCAAUGGUGCUACCAGCCAUCGCACUUCUUAUAUUGCUCAUCAACUGGAACCAAAAUUCAUAAGACCAAAAGAAGAGUACAAGCCAAGCAACCAACCCUUUGUAGAUCUCACAACCCACCGGAAUGAUUUUAAAGGACUACCUGGGGAACUCACAAAAAGCUGCAAGCCUGAAAUUGCAAAAGUUGGCUCCAAUGCUCGUUUUAAUGGAAUCACUGAAUUCCAGGAUCGUUUUCAGCCGUGGCUGGUCUCCUUACCUGAGGUCCGCAAAACCAGAGAGUAUGUUCCACCCCCAGGCAGCAUCGAUUUUAACUCCACAAGCCGUCUUGAUUACAUUAAGCAUGAAAUUUCUCCUGCUUUCCCCAUAAGACCAGCUUCUAAUAGAAGAAGAACCAAUGCCCCUUUUCAAGGGAGUACUACUACGAAAGAAGAUUUUAAAGCAUGGGGUACCUGUCGGCAAGAGAUUAUUAAGAAACAACAGGAAAUUCAAAAACCCAUGGGAAAAUUUUAUGAUCGAACUACAUUCAAAUCUCAUUACAUACCACAUCAGAUCACUCCAGUACAAAGUUUCAAACCUGUACAUGCUAUAGCUCUUAAUUCAGGUCCUUUUCAAGAUGAAACUAUGUAUCACACAGAAUAUACUCCAAAGAAACCAGAGAUCUGCCCAGGAAAUUAUCCAUCUCCUCCAGGUUAUGUCUAUGUAAACACAGAUUCUCAUGGUCACAAAUUCUUUCGCCAGUGUACUCCAGAAUUUUCCAAGUCAGAUAGUAAUCCUAUUCCAAAGGAAAUAGCUGUUGUGUCGUAAUACUGAACUGCAGUAUUUCAAGCACCCUGUUUAAAGAAUUGAAGCUCUACUCAUUUUUUUCUUUAAAAUAACACUGAAAGCAAACAAUGCAAAUUUUGCUUUUAAAAUUAUUUAAACUAAUAGCUUGAAGGAAAUGAAAGCAAAACCAGAAGUUUAUUACAAGAAUAAUAGAAAUUUGCCAAAUUUUAUAGGAAUAAUGCACCUUAUACAGAAUAUAUUCUUUUUCUGAUCACGCAUUCGAGUUUCCUUGCCUUCCCAAAUUUUAUUACUCUCCAUCUCAAGCAUAGGUAUUGUACAUUUAAUUCUUUCAGAUUUUCCACAAAUCAAAAUUGUAUUUAGGAAAUAGCAAGUAUCUUGUGAUCAUAACUUCUUUUCAUAGUCAGCAAAUAAUGCUGUUAUCUAAAUAAUUAGCAUCAGUCCAGUUUUUCAUCUCAAUACUUUGAGUAAUCUGAUAAGAAGAUAUUUUUUCUUUACACUUUGCUGCCCAAAUCAUAAGAUAGCAUCCCAUCAGACCUCAGAAUUCCUGAAAGCCCGGGUUUAGCAUUUGUCGUCAUUAUUUUUCCUUCAUUCAGUUCUGAAGACGGUACAGAUUUCUAAUUUCUAACAGCAAUUAAUAUGAAGUAUCCUUUCUCUGCUCCCGUACACAUACCUGAGAUCACCCAGACAUAAAAAGCAGAUCAUUAGACUCUGUUUCCUGAUUUUCCUGACCAUGAGUUUUCAGCCUCACUCCCAAAGGAAACAUAGCUUUGGA